AUGAGUAGCAUUGAUGAACACAAAAGCUUGACAAAAAAUAAUGAAGAGAAUCAAAUUACAUUGUUUAAGAAGAUGAGCAGUACCGAGGAAUUCUUCUUGUCUAGAGAAUCACGGAUAAGUAAAGAUCGUCGAAGAUUCACGGUGGUGACAGUAUUUGAUGUGUGUCUUACAGCUUUAUUAUGGGUCAUUUCUACGGUAAGCAAAGGCGAUGAUUGGCCUGUAAUAUUUUUUCGUGAGGUCGACAUUUCUCAACCAGAUUUCAUGAAGCUUUCAUUGUUUGACGUUGUCAUCACAGCAGUUAUUCGUAUGUCUAUUCUCAUCCUUUUCUAUUCAAUCCUAUUAAUUGAACAUUGGCUUCCAGUUGCCAUCACAACAAUCACAACGACAAUUUUUCUCGUUGUGAAGGCAUUAUUCUUUUUCUCGCCAGCUCAGGAUAAUCUGCCUCAAUACACGGUAUUGGUAUCCUCAUUUGUGGUUGCUUGGUUCCAGCUUUGGUUGGUACCAUUUCAUAUGUUGCCACGUGAACGCGGUUAUAUGAUCAUGCCAAAAUAUAAUACAUCUUCAGAAGUCUCAGAACGAAAUGUGCAGAGUGAUGAGGAAUUCCGUUCAGCCAUAGAACGUUCUUCUGAUUCCGAUGAUGACAACUUAUCAGCGAUAUUGAUUGCAGGAAAAGUAUAUUCGAAAGCACAAUAUAUCAAAGAAGUAGAAAGAGCAAAUUUAACAGCUAAGGAGCUGUUAACAGAAAUCAGUACCUGGAAACUUUUACACAAGAGUAAUCCAGAAAUACGUGUAUCAAAAGAGAAGCAAGUUUAUUUUAUUCAGGAUACAGUUGCAUGCUCACCAAAAUCCCUCUUUAAAAUUAUUUGGAAAGAUACUAAAUUGUGGAACAAGCAAAUCAGCGACUUUAAAGUAUUACUUCAUAUUGAUCCCACUACGGAAUUGGUCUAUAUUACUACUGCCCCAAUACUGCGUGGAUAUAUUUCACCACGAGAUUUCUUGGAUAUUCGUAGAAUGAUGCUUGAUAUUGAAAAAGAUGUGUAUGAAGGAGUUUACGUCUCGGUGGAUUCUUCAAUUGUACCAUCAAAUGGAAAUCAGAAACUCAUACGUGGAAUUAAUGGAGCAAAUUAUGUUCGCGUGACACGUAGUUCUAGUGAUUCGAAAAUGUCUCAGAUUGAAUGGAUUCAGAAUAGUGAUGUCAAGAGCGGUAUUCCGCGACGUCUUAUCGAAGGAACGAUGUGUACCUUUUUCCAGAGUUAUAUGGAAGAUAUGAAAACAUUCAUUAGCAAUCAUCCCAAUGAUUAUCCAUAA